AUGGCUGUGCAUCAUAAGCUCGCUUUGAUUCUCGAGAACCCUCUAAACGACGCCGAAUAUCUCCUCGUGAAACAGACGCGACCCCCGAAAUUCAACGACGAAGAGUACGACUCGUACGUGGAUUCCGACCUCUGGGACUUACCGUCCACGCAACUGAACCUUCUAGAAGUCAAAUCGGAGCCCUCAAUUGCAGUGGGAGGCGCAGAAUCAUGGUCAGGGAAGAUCGAGCUGAAAAAAUUCGAUGUGGAUUCGGCUCUCAAUCGGGUUCUGGUACAAGUAGGGUUUAAGGCAGCUGAUGUUGGAGAUUGGAGCUUGUUGAAGUAUGUGGAGGAAGCUCAAUUUGGACCUGGGUCGCCUAUUAAUUCGGUUUUUGUUAGGGGGAAAUUGGUAGCUUCGCAUCCAAAUUUACCAGAGUCGUGUAAAUGGCUGUCUGUCCCAAGCUGUUUAAACUGGCUUCUUGUAGUGAAACCAGGCAAUGAUCGUGUGGGGCCUUUGAUAGUUGCCGGUCUUCUAAACGAGUUUGUGCAAUCAAGAGAGUUGAAAAUCCCAUCCACCUUAUCUUACCAGGAGUACCCUCCUGGUGUUGUGCUUGUACCGAUGGGAAGCAAGACAGGAAAACCUUUUUAUACGACAAACCUGGUUGUUUUUGCACCUCAAAAUGCUUCUAAUGACUCUGAGAAGAAUGGUUUUAUUGCUUCUGGAGAUGCAUUGAUAGUGGAUCCUGGGUGCCGGUCUGAAUUUCAUGAAGAGCUCGCACAAAUUGUAGCUUCUUUGCCGAGAAAGUUAGUUGUAUUUGUUACUCAUCAUCAUCACGAUCAUGUGGAUGGUCUUUCAGUUAUUCAACGUUGCAACCCUGAUGCUACUUUAUUAGCACAUGAAAAUACCAUGCGACGCAUUGGAAAAGAUGACUGGUCUCUUGGUUUUACUGCAAUUUCUGGAGCUGAAGAGAUUUGCAUUGGAGGUCAGCGACUGAUUGCCCUUUUUUCUCCGGGACAUACAGAUGGUCAUAUGGGACUGCUUCAUGCCAGUACUCACUCAUUGAUUGUCGGUGAUCAUUGUGUGGGUCAAGGUAGUGCUGUACUGGAUGUUACUUCCGGGGGAAAUAUGACUGAUUACUUUCAAUCAACUUACAAAUUUAUGGAGCUUGCUCCACAUGCUUUGGUUCCCAUGCAUGGGAGAGUUAACCUAUGGCCAAAACACAUGCUUUGCGGAUAUCUCAAGAACCGCAGAGCUAGAGAAAGUUCCAUCUUGAAAGCGAUAGAAAAUGGAGCAGAAACAUUGUUUGACAUAGUUGCAAAUGUAUAUUCGGAGGUUGAUCCUAGCGUUUGGAUUUUUGCAGCAUCAAAUGUGAGACUUCAUGUGGAUCAUUUAGCCCAGCAAGAUAAGUUACCAAAGGAAUUUUUGAUUCAGAAGUUCCGAAAAACUUGUGGGCUGCGUUUCUUCUCUCUAUGGAUUUGGGCAUACUUUAGUUGUGGUGUCCGGUUAUAUUGUACGAAGCCUAGGAUAUCUCAGUUUCUUGUUGCAGGGGUGGUGGCUAGCUUCGCCCUGUUGUACUCUUUUAAAAACAGUGACAUUUCCUCAAAGUCAGGCACCAAAGACCCGAGACUCUUGCCGUGGCCACGUGAUGAGAGAGAUGGACACUAUAGGCUUGUCCGGUGGAAGUUUUUCUUCAAGGCUUCAGGCAGCCGAACAAAACAAGAUCCUUGCGCUUUUUCUAGUAACAAGAUUAUAUAA